AUUCGCCUCGGAGGGUUUUUCGGAGUCAGUCGGUCGGUGCUGAGGGAGGAGAGAACAGCCUGCUCGGAGAGAUUGCUGCCGCGUGCGCUUUAUAAGUUUUGCGAUAGGAGGGAUUGAAGUUUGCUUUCAACGAUCGAAUAAGGAAACGGAACAAGAUGAUAAAAUUCGGCGGCGGAGCAAACAAUAACAGCAGUGCCGGCGGCAGAGGACCGAUCAUAAGGAUGGCGAACACGAACAGCCAUGGCCAGGGUGGCAUCGACUGCUGCUUCUGCAGAUGCUGCACUUGUAUCCACCUCGAGUAUCUGCGGACUGUGCCCGGUAUCAUCAAGCUUCUCGAAACAGUAAUCAGCGGUUUCAUUCAGAGCCUACUCAUAAAUUACGGGCUGAGGUACAGCGCGACCAUCGGCUCGGCCUUUGAGGGAGCCUUGACGACAUCCUCCGCCUGCUUCCUCACCUCGGCCGUCCUGCUGGCCUGCUACGUUAUCUCCGAAAAGUCCUACCGGCUCAUUCGCGCCUCGCUUUUCGAAAUGAUGUUCAACUCGCUCUCCUGCUUUCUCUACCUGAGCUCGACGGCCUACCUCGCGUUCGCGACAAAAAUGUUCCUCUGGCCAAUGUACGUCAUCACGCCGGGCUUUGACGUUUAUCCUGCCAUGACGGCUGCCUACAUGCUCAGCGGAGUCGUCGGGAUUCUGCACGGGACUGACGCCUACUUUUCCUUGCAGCACUACCGGAGCCAAAGAUAACCGUUUUAUACGUAUGCAGAUAUGCUGCAGGCUGAGUCAAGCAAUUAUCGGAACUGUUUAUAUACUAGUCAGAGAAAUUGUUAUAACGAUGCGAUGCGUUGUAUAAUCCGAGAACUACGUUGUGCGAAUAGAUAUGUUAUAUUAUAUUACAAUACAAUGCGCGCGCGUGGGGAUAUUUAAAUUGAAUGCGCGCGCGCGAAACGCAACUGUACUUAAUCUUUCGACUGAUGAGAUGCGAUAUGCGCAGGUGCAAGAGCGCGUUCGAUGUUUUUCAGCUUUAUAACUGUAAUCUUCGAAAUACAGAUAGCUAGUGGAAUAUAGACUCGCGCGUCGAGAAGAUAUAGUCACUCGAAAAACUGCGGCGGCGGCGGCGGUUGAAAGCGAACCGGAAAUUGAUUGUAAUCCGCCGGGGAGAGCUGCGAGUCUUAAACGGUUCAAGAGUGUAGAUCGUUAAACCGACGCGCCUCCGAUGCUCUCUUCUCUAUUUAGGUAUAUCUCAUCUCUCCACGAGAUUUCGCCGGGGAAAUGAAAUGACUAUUUUUUUCUCGACUGGUGUAUUUCGUUAUUUUUAAAGGGAAAGCAGUUCCUGGUGCACUUUGUUCCUACUAUAUUUAUAUAUAUAUAUAAUUUUUGUACAUACUGUAUUUUUAUAAAACGAGCAAUAAAAUAAUGCGUCCUAAAAAUUGGGUGAUUCGAGCUUA